GGCGCCAGCGUGAUGCAGCGGGCGGGCGCGGGAGGACCGGAGCCCCUCGGCCUUCAGGGUCCUCCGAGGUCCCUCAAGAUCUCGCCCGUCAAGAUCCAGGAUGAAGUCGGGGAUCCGCUGUCGCAGAAGGGUCGGAGCUCGCUGUGCGUCGGAUGCGGGGAUCCCAUCAAUGAUCAGUACAUUUUGAGGGUAGCACCCGAUCUGGAAUGGCAUGCGGCGUGCCUAAAGUGCACCGAAUGUCAGCAGUUCCUCGAUGAAAGGUGCACCUGUUUCGUGAGAGACGGGAAGACCUAUUGUAAACGCGACUACGUCAGACUCUUCGGAACGAAGUGCGACAAGUGCAGCCUGUCCUUUAGCAAGAACGACUUCGUGAUGAGGGCCAAGAGCAAAAUCUACCACCUCGACUGCUUCCGGUGUUCGGCUUGCCUGAGUCAACUGGUACCCGGGGACGUGUUCGCGCUGAGACAGGACGGACUCUUCUGCAGAAGGCACGACCACGACGUCAUCGAGGCCAGCAAUUUGUGUUCCGGCCCCGGAGGCGUCCCCGGCAGCGAAAACAACAACAAUGCCUCCCUCACGAACAACAACCAUCAUUUGCAUCCAAACGACGGCUCGAUGUCGGAUUCCGGAUCGGAAAGCGGCUCCCACAAGGCGGGCGUCGGCGGACCGCGGGGCUCCGGAGGACACAAGGGAGGCGGCGGUUCCGAUGGAAAGCCGACGAGGGUGCGUACCGUCCUCAACGAGAAGCAGCUGCACACCCUGAGGACCUGCUACUCCGCCAACCCGCGGCCCGACGCUCUCAUGAAGGAGCAGCUCGUCGAGAUGACCGGCCUGAGUCCACGGGUCAUCAGGGUCUGGUUCCAGAACAAAAGGUGCAAGGACAAGAAGAAGACCAUCGCCAUGAAGCAGCAGAUGCAGCAAGAAAAGGACGGGCGAAAACUCGGUUUCGGGGGAAUGCACGGGAUCCCCAUGGUAGCCAGCAGCCCCGUUCGCCACGAGAGCCCCAUCGGCAUGACGCCGAUGGAGGUCCAAGCCUACCAACCACCCUGGAAAGCCCUGACGGACUUUGCGCUGCACACGGACCUGGACAGACUCGAUCCCAGCGCGCCGCCGUUUCAUCAUCUGGUCUCUCAGAUGCACGGAUACGACUUACACGGCGGCCCUCCGUCUCAGCUCCCACCUCCUGGGAUGCUCGGAGGUCCCAUGAACGAUGGCGGUGGCGGAGGUCCUUUGCCGCCUCCUGGAGCUCACCAUCCUGGCAGCGGAGGAGGUCCCGACAUGGGCCAGCAUCCCGACAGUACGGACAGUUACGUGACCUACCUUGAAAGCGACAACGACUCUCUGCACCACGACACGGGAAGUCCAUAGUGUCAUCCGCUCAAUCUCCAGUGUACAUACAAAUCUCCCUUGAUACCACCAACGCCCUUUAUAGUGCCCUGAUCGCGAGGCUCGCGUUUGCGACUCUUAAGGGAUCGAAGGAAACCGGCUGCGGAGGCACCGUCCGUCGUUGCAGGGAUCAUUCUAUGUGUAACGUUACAUUACGCGUUUCGUUAGCUCCGUUAUUAGUUGCGUUCCCUAAACAGGGAAGUCAAUGGCCGAGUAGGUUCCCCUGUACUCGCGUUGUAUGUUUCUCGCGAGAAAGGAAUAGUCCAAUUUUAAUGCACUCGGAAAAGCGCUUCGAGGUAAGCGUAUCUCCGUAUGGAACAAUUGUUGGCGGUGUAAAUGUGAAAAUGUCCUCGAGGUGGUAGCUCGAGAGUCGACCGCGCGGUACUUCGAAUAUUCCGACGCAAGUUUUUAAUAAUUUAACUCGUUAUCACGUUUCGCGUUACGUUUAACUCCGUUUCGGUGAGAUUGGUAGAAUGAUUUUAUUUGAGACCUCGUUGCGUUUUCUUGCGUACGUGUAAGUGUCAUAGUCGAUUACGUGCGUUUGACUCGGAUUGUUCGGCGUAAACGCCUUUGACACGGGCCGACGUUAUCAAAAAUUAAAUACUUAGAGAUGAUGGAAAUAGAAAGCAUUUAUCAAAACAUUGACAUUUAUCGUUCAGUGAUUUCUCGCGAUAUACAGAAUGCGUCAAUAGAGGGAUUAAGAUAACAUCCAAAAAAUUCGACCAGCUGGACAGCGCGGAGUUUAGCCGAAACUAGCGAGGGAAUUAUUUUCGUAAUAUCUGGCUUAUCGAUUUAUGCGUAUUAGGAUUUUAACAUUAGAAUGAUCGCCGUACCGAGUGUUUUUUAACAAAGGAAAACACGGCUUGGCUACAUCUGGUGCAAACGAGAAAGCAUGUAAUACUUCGUGGCUAAUGUACAUAAAAUGGGCUCAGAAGUAAGUUCUGCCGAAGGAGAACGGUCGAUUGCCCUCAGGCUCGAGGAAUAAUAUUAUAAAUAAUACGAGACGCAUCGAUGCCGACGUUGUACCAUUAAUACUAUGUUGCCGACGAAGCCGUAAAUCGUGUCUCCUUCGAACUGUAAGAAAUGUUAUAUACGUACGAUAUUCCGUGUUUAAUACCAAAGCGUGCGAGUCGCGAAGAACACAUUAAUUGUAAAUAUGUAAUACUCCCAUUAUAGUAAUAGCUAAUACCAAUUCAACAAAGGAUACGUAUCACGUGCGCACGAUUCGCAUUUCAGGUGUUGUAUAGAUUUGUUGUAUGCCGCUCUCUUGUACGUAUAUGUCACAGAAUGCUUAGACCUAGUGUUACCGAAUUUGUUUAAACAUUCUCGGGUUUGUAUAAUAUUUCUAUACUGGCACAAUGUAUGCAAUAAACUGUCAAGGUGAACGACAGACCUUUGGUUCAGUUGGGUUAAAUUAUUUCCUAAAUUUGUAAAGUAUCGGGAUGAUAUUUAAUUCGGCUUUCAAUUCAAUAAAAACCAACA